CGAUCAAUUGAUUGAUUCUUUGAAUGAUGAUAAUGAUUAAUUUACGAAUAAAUUUAAUUCAAUUUUUCUAAUUCAAAUUUGCAAAUAUAUAUCAUGUAUGUAUUAGAAUGAAAUUUCGAAUGAAAAUCAAAAGAAAAAUUCUGUCACUUACCUUAUCGAAAUUAAUACGACAACCACCACAAUGAAACAAAAUUCCAAUACGAUUACGACAAAUUUAUUAGAUUCAAAUAUUCAACAACAACGCUAUCGUCCAUAUCUGAUGAACGACAAAAGAAUGAUGUUAUCAUCACGAAUAUCAUCGAAUAAUCGUCACCGAGGAAAUUAUUCCAGUGCCCAACGCUCAUCAUCAUCGAUUAGAAUGGCAACGAAUACAACAACAAAUUUAAUGGCCAUAAAUCAACAACAACAACAACAAUUUAAUCAAACAAAUUUUGUCCAAAAUAAUAAUAACAAACAACCACAACAACAACAACAACAACAAAUCAUACGAACAAAUCGUCAACAAAGACGACAAACCCAGCAAAUGCCCACCACCACCAUCAACACAUCAUCAACUGGUUAUCAACAACGACAUUUGAAUCGACAGACAAAAUUUCAUGUACAGAAUAAUCUUGUCAACAUUUUUCAAACAUAUUGUUCAGAAGUGAAAGAAUUAAAAGACUUUUUCGAAAUGAAAUUUGCCAAACUACACUCAAUGGAAACAAAGAUUAAUAAUCUUCUGCAAUUCAUCAUUGAUGAUGAUGAUGAUGAUGAUGGAUCGAUUGAUGGUAAUGGUGAAAUGAAUAAUGAUGAAACAAUAAUUACGGAUUUUGAUAAAGAUAUUUUAGAUCUUGAUGAACACGCACAAACAAUAACAAUGAAUGGUGAUAAUCAAAUCUAUUGUAUCGAUAAUGAUGAUUCAAUGUAUAAUGUAACAACGUUUCAUCGUCAUAAUCAAAAAGAUCAAUCAACUAUAAUAGGUAUUAAUAAUCAUCGAAAAAUUAUUAAUCAAAAUGAUAAUGAUGAUGGUGAACAGAAUAUUUCAAAUAAUAAUAAUAUGUUUGAACCGAUAAUCGACAUACAAAUCAAAGAUGAUGACGAUGAUGAUGAAUCUAAUCAUCAAGAACAAUCGAUUGUUUCAAUAAUAGAUAAUGGAUCUACGAUUCAUUCGUCUACAUCUCAUUCCACAAUAUCAACACCGGUAUCUGUGCCAAUAACAAUAAAAACGAUUCCAUAUCAAAAAAGUGACACGAAUUCGUUGACAAUAUUAACAUCACCUACAUCAUCAUCAUUAAAUCAACGGCAAUCAAUGAUGGUAAAUAAUUUGGAACCAAGUGAUAGUGGGGAAAACAGCACUACAACAACAACAACAACAACAAGGACGACGGCUUUAUCAACACCAGCCACAACGUCGUCAUCAUCAUCAAGAAAAAUAACUCAUAAUGUACAUUCGAAAAAUGAAUUUAUGCAAAUGAUUGAACGAUUUAAAGAAGAAAAAACAUUGAUACGUGAACGUAUAUCAUCGAAUGUAUUCAUGUUACGACGAUCACCGGAUAAUUCUAUUGUUGGUUAUCAAUGUUCAAUCGAUGAUUGUACAUAUAUGCAUUUUCUACGAGCACAGGUUAAUCGCCAUUUCAAGAAUUUUCAUUCCAAAACAUGUUAUCAUUGUAAUCAACGUUUUAAGAAACCAUAUGAAUUAUCAUUACAUUUGAAAGAAUUAGAAAUGGAUCCAAAUCACGUACGAUAUUCACAACAGUUGACAUCAAUAUCAUCGCAGGCGCCAUCAUCAUCUUCUUCAUUAUUAACAUCAGCUGAUGAGACAAUGGAAAAUAUUUCUGGAUACGAAACUUCGGAUUCUAUUCCAAUUCAACCAAUAACAACAACGACAACAACAACGGAAAGGAUAACAGAACUUUAGGAAAUUGCCAUAGAAUGAUUUUGCGAAUGAUUUAUGAUGAUAAAUUGUUGUUUUUAUUAUGAUGAUGAAAAUAAUAAGCAAAAUUAUG